AUGGCGACCAGACAACGAACUGCCACCACCGUGGUGGUUGAGGACCCCCUCAAGGUCACUCUCGAGGCCACUUCCCAGCCUCAGUUCCCCGACAUCAAGACCAUCAAGGAUGCCAUCCCCGCGCACUGCUUCCAGCCCUCGCUCCUCACAUCCUACUACUAUGUCUUCCGCGAUUUUGCCAUGGUUUCUGCCCUCGUCUGGGCCGCCCUCACAUACAUCCCCAGCAUCCCCGACCCGACCCUCCGCGUCGCUGCCUGGAUGGUCUACGGCUUCGUCCAGGGACUCUUCUGCACCGGCAUCUGGAUCCUGGGACACGAGUGCGGCCACGGUGCCUUCUCGCUCCACGGCAAGGUCAACAAUGUCACCGGAUGGGCCCUCCACUCGUUCCUGAUGGUCCCCUACUUCAGCUGGAAGUACUCUCACCACCGCCACCACCGCUUCCAUGGACACAUGGAGCUCGACAUGGCCUUUGUCCCCGCCACUCAGCCCAAGCCCUCCAGGUCUCUUGUCAUUGGCGGUGUUGACAUCGCUGAGCUCGUCGAGGAUACUCCUGCUGCUCAGCUCGUCAAGCUCAUCUUCCACCAGCUUUUCGGAUGGCAGGUGUACAUGUUCUUCAACGCCAGCUCCGGAAAGGGUAGCAAGCAGUGGGAGCCCAAGACCGGUCUGUCCAAGUGGUUCCGCGUCAGCCACUUCGAGCCUACCAGCGCUGUCUUCCGCCCCAGCGAGGCCAUCUUCAUUGCCAUCUCCGAUCUCGGUCUGGCUUUGAUGGGUACCGCUCUGUACAUCGCCUCCAAGUAUGUCGGUACCUCCACCGUCCUCUACCUCUACCUCGUUCCCUACCUCUGGGUUCACAACUGGCUCGUUGCCAUCACCUACCUCCACCACCAUCACGCCGAUGUUCCUCACUACACCGCUGAGGGCUGGACCUACGUCAAGGGUGCUCUCGCCACCGUUGACCGUGAGUUCGGUUUCAUUGGCAAGCACCUCUUCCACGGCAUCAUCGAGAAGCACGUCGUCCACCAUCUUUUCCCUAAGAUCCCCUUCUACAAGGCUGACGAGGCCACCGAGGCCAUCAAGCCCGUCAUCGGCGACCACUACUGCCGUGACGACCGCAACUUCAUCGGCCAGCUCUGGACCAUUUUCGGCACCCUCAAGUACGUCGAGCACGACCCUGUCAACCAGGGUGUCAUGCGCUGGGCCAAGGAACCCGAUCGAGUCGCUGUUCUAGAGGAGCGUCUGGCUACAAUUGAGGCUCUUCUUGCUGUCUUUACAGGACAAACCUCAGCACCAGAGCCGCAACCACACCCUAGCGCUUUGAACGAUGUCGACCAUUCCAGCUCUUCUAGUGACAGGACUGCAUCGGAAGCUCACACGCCUUUAGACGUAUUAGCAUUUCAAUCUGCAGCUAUCACAGAUCCCUUACCGCAGACCGUCAAGGCUCCAGCAUCAGAUCAGUUGGAACUUGCACCUCUAUCAGAAAUUCUUCCAGUCGUCGAUAACUAUUUCCGGAACUACAAUGCCAUCAUCCCGUUAUUCGACGAAACAGCGUUUAUGCGCAUGCUUCUCGACUGGUUCGCUGGCUCAACUAAGCGCACCAUGAUCUCGUGGGCUGCUAUAAACACUGUUCUGGCUAUCAGUUACCGUAUAGUCGAAGGACGAGCAAUGGACGACCCAGCAUUCGCCCAGUGUACUCAGAAUGUACGGUCUGUUAUGUCUGAUCUGAUGAUGCAGGGCAAAGACCUGAUGGGGUUACAAGUUCUUCUAGGCAUGAUCAUCUUAUUCCAAGGAUCGCCGGAUUUUCAACUUGCUAUUGUGUUGACUGCGAGUGUCGUUCGACUUACUCAAAGUCUAGGACUGCAUUUGAAACAAGCACAGACUGGAUUCUCGAGAGCGGAACAAGCACAUCGACGUCGGUUGUUUUGGCUCUCGUACAUUUAUGACAAGGAACUGGCUCAGCGAUCUCAAAGUCCAUAUCUUCAGCUCGAUAGCGAAACAGAUAUGGACCUCCCAGAACCCGAAGAUGACCCCGGCGUUAUCAGCUCCUCAACAGAUAACAUCCGUUUCAACUACCUUCGUACAGUCGCAAAGUUCGCCUUCAUCCAAGGCAAAGCUCACGAUCUCCUAUACAGUCACAGAUCCCAAAAGCUCACCCAAGAACAAAAGACAAAUACCAUCGUUCGUAUAGAAGACAUGCUAGAAGAAUGGACACGUGAAAUACCUGUGGAAUUCCAUACUGCGAAGGGAAUUGAGAAGCGGCUUCCUCCAAUAUCGAGAGAUCUCAUGAUGAGUCUCUGGUUUCACCAUGCCGAGUGUCGCAUCAAGAUUCGGUCUAUCUUUACCUUUGAAGAUGCGUGGAUCACGAGGGUGAGGCGCUACUUGUUUCCCACUCUGAUAGACGUUAGCGAUGAUAUUGUCGGAAAGGUUCGCCGAGGGGAUCUCCCACCGCUCCCUCCGAAAUGGAGCCAGUGCGUUGAAUACAGCCGGAUCUGUAUGGAGUUGCUCAUUGCAAGACGACCGAGCGAGUACAUAAUCUGGCUUCACACGUGUAGUUCAUACUCAUGUCUUAUCCUCCUUAUUAUCAAUAUGAUCGAAUUCCCAGACCACAGCCUUGUUUUGCAGGAUCGUGAACUACUGGAUGGGUGCUUUAGCACUUUAGGGGAUGUAGGAAACAAUUUGCCGUUUGAGCCGUAUAAAACCUUGCUCUCUGUGUCUCAGCAGCUGUAUCAAAGGGCUAAGGGACAGGCAUCACUUGUGUUGGCCAAGGGAGAUAUUAUUGAUGAGAUGGGUGAUUUUCAGAUGAGUCCUUCUAUGGCGUGGGCUAUUUUGGAUGACAUGGACUUUCAGUAG